AUGCGAAGCGGACCCCCACCGACUGGCCUUGAAGUCAGUGGCUGCCGAUGGCCUGGUCCUACCGUACGCGGAGUGCGGAAACGGUGGGCCGAACCUGCGGUCUGCGGGAAGGCAGCUGGCGUUGCGCGCCCCACACUGGCCGCAGUCUGGGGCGUCUUGUCUCGCCCUCGCAUUGGCGCGGUGCGGGCGAUUGGGGAGGCGGGGUUUGUCGCAUGUGCCCGGGCUUGCGACGCGACCAUCGACUACUCCGGCCCGGGGGCGACUAUCUGCUCUUUUCUUGGCUUGCGAGCCGUUUUUUUUUUUUUCGCACUUAGCGGCACUGAGUGCUGCCUCUGCCCGUUCCCUGCGCCGCCCGCCUCCUCGGCGCCCCUGGACUGUGGCUACGAUGGGGGUUGCCGCCGCCAACCGGGCUGUGCGCCGCGGCAAUUUUGGAAAUCCACCUGA